AUGUCAGCGAGAUCAACACAGACUUCAGCCGGCACCACAGAUGGGAUCCAUGGCUCGCCCUCGAUAGACUUCACCCAUGAAUCCACCACUUUGUACGAGCCCGAGGCGGACCGACGCGUGCACCAGCAGCAGCCAGAUACGGAGCACGAGAGCUACGCGGCUCGUCUGAAGGCGCCCGACAAAUCUCAGGAACUGCUGGCCUACCUCGUCUUCUUCAUCCUUGGCUCCUCUUUCCUCCUCCCAUGGAACUCGAUGCUCGUUUCGACCACCUACUUUGGUUCCCGUCUGGCCGGUCAUCGGUUCCAGUUCAACUACAUGAAUUGGAUUACCGUCGUCUUCACUAUCGCCAACGUCGUCUUCAUCUCUCGUGCCACCUCUACACAGCAAAAUAACAAAAACCCCACGAUUCGUAUAACCAUGUCUCUGUUGCUCAUCACCUCUCUCUCCAUCAUCCUCUUGAUUUCGACCCGAUACAUAGUAUUCGAUCCGAGUUGGUUUUUCGGAUUUUUAAUAGCUGUGACGCUUGCUGAAGCGUUAGGGUCCUCGUAUCUACAAACAAGCGUCAUCGGACUCUCGGCAUGGUUUGGAUCAACUUAUCUGCAGGCCAUCCUAUCCGGACAAGGUGCAAUUGGAGUGCUAGUCAGCAUGGUCCAAUUAUUGGUGAAUAUCAAGGAACUCGAUUCCGGUCCAUCAAACCCUGGCGACACGGCAGGACAUAUCCGACAGAGCUCGUAUACGUUUUAUGGGCUAUGUACCGGAUUCUCUAUCCUUGCGUUGCUCUGUUUUCUGGUAUUGCUCAAACUACCGAUUUACAAACUGGCCAUCGAACGAAAACAUUCAGCAAGAAAUUCACACCAAGACUCAAGACGUGAAGAUUCAGUUGAACAACCCUUACUAUCCCCAUCAGUCGAUCUACUAUCCGAAAGUUUCACUCCACUUCCAACAGGUCCCGACCUCUUAGUGGUCGAACGAAAGAUCAGGCUGCUCGGCUUCAGUAUCUUUUAUAACUUUUUCAUCACCCUGGCCGUUUUUCCCUCCAUUACGGGGUUCAUCCUCUCAUCUAAUGACCCGGACCGCGCGCAUAUCGGCGCUUUAGCAAUCACAUCGAACAGCUCUCGAUUCUUGAACAACUGGUACAAGCCGACGAUCUUCAUUCCUCUCCAUUUUGUGAUCUUCAAUCUGGGAGAUUGGACUGGUAGAGUGCUGCCUCAACUCUUUGCCGGAUUCUCGCAGCGAUUGGUCAAGAAGAAAACUGCCUUGUAUACGUUGAGCGCGAUGCGGACGGUGUUUAUUCCUCUGUUCUUGGUCUGUAAUGUCGAUUAUAGCUCGAUUAUACUCUUGAGGAGUGAUCUAAUUUACUUGCUCAUAUUGACUUGCUUCUCAAUCUCCAACGGAUACCUAUCCGCACUCAUCAUGACUGCUGGGGUUCUCGAACCUACCUUAAAACCCAACGAAGUUGACGUGGCCGCAACAUGUUUAUCAUUUUAUCUCACCUCAGGGCUGGCAGCUGGUAGCUUGAUCAGUUUUGGCGUCAAGGCAAUUGUAUUUAUUCUGUAA